GACUCAUGUCAAUUUUACGUCAAUAAAAUUUUUGUCGAAAGUCGAAAACUUAAAAUUAAAUGGUACUUUGAAAACAUAUUUACUUUUUUCCGAUUGUUUUGCAGAAUACAACUAAAAUAACUCAAUUAGAAGAAAUUGUUACUUAGCCACAGCCAUCAAGCAUAAAUAUAAGGAUGGCUGAAGAUUUGGAUGUAGAGGCUAUGUUGGAAGCUCCUUACAAUAAAUCGAACUUUGUGGUAAUAGUCCAGCUUACUUCACCGACCUGAACAGAAUGAGAAGUAUCCCUGUGUGAUGUUAGCGCUGUGUACAUCCUUAGUCAGUGGUUUUCCGAAUGGAUAACACUUCCUCUUCAAAACAUCGCUCGGACAAGUAUUCUGACAAGCACAGAGAUAGAGAAAAGGAGAGCAGUCGAAGACGAAGCCGGUCAAGGGAAAGAAGAAGAUCGCGUGAUCGAGAUGUACGACGUUCGAAAGAAAGGGAUGACAGAAAAGACAGGGACCGCGACAAGGAUAGAGAUCGUCGAGAUCGGGACAAGGACCGCAGCAACAGGGAUAGGGAUCGCGAUAAGGAUAGAGAACGUGAGAGAGAAAGAGAGAAACGCCGCAGCAAGGAUAAAGACAGAGAACGCAGCAAAGAUAGAGAAAGAAGUCGUGAUAAACAUGUAUCGCGAAGGGAGCGGAGUCGUGAAAAGGAAAAAGUUCGUGAAGAAGAAAAGCCCCGUGAACCUGAAAGGACGGAAUAUAGAUCCAAAUCGAGAGGCAUAGAACCUAAGCUUGAUGAUUUGCCUCCUGAAGAGAGAGAUUUGCGUACAGUAUUUUGUAUGCAGCUGUCACAACGCAUUAGAGCUAAAGACUUGGAAGAAUUUUUCUCAUCUGUUGGCAAAGUUAGAGAUGUAAGACUUAUCACAUGUAACAAAACCAGAAGAUUUAAGGGGAUUGCUUAUAUUGAGUUCAAAGAUGCAGAAUCUGUGCCAUUGGCGCUUGGUCUUACUGGGCAGAAGUUACUCGGCAUUCCUAUAAUAGUUCAGCAUACACAAGCAGAGAAAAAUAGAGUAGGUAACACUUUGCCGAAUUUAGCACCAAAGACCAGCAAUGGACCAACUAGGUUAUAUGUAGGAUCAUUACAUUUCAACAUCACUGAAGACAUGUUGAGGGGAAUAUUUGAACCAUUUGGAAAAAUUGAUCACAUUCAACUUAUGACUGAUCCUGACACUGGAAAAAGUAAAGGAUAUGGAUUCCUAACAUUCCAUCAUGCGGCUGAUGCGAAAAAGGCGAUGGAACAAUUGAACGGAUUCGAAUUGGCCGGAAGACCAAUGAAAGUUGGCAAUGUAACGGAACGGACAGACGGAGGCUCCAGCACGCGCUUCGACGCGGACGAACUGGACCGCGCGGGAGUCGACCUGGGGGCCACAGGGCGCUUGCAACUCAUGUUCAAGCUUGCUGAAGGCACUGGCUUACAAAUCCCUCCAGCCGCCGCGUCCGUGCUGAUGGGCGCGGGCUCCACGCUGGUGGCCGCUCAGCCGCAGGUCGCGCCGCCCAUCGCCACGCAAUGUUUCAUGCUCAACAAUAUGUUUGACCCUGCCACAGAGUCAAAUCCAAACUGGGACAUUGAAAUCAGAGAUGAUGUUAUCAGCGAAUGCAACAAGCACGGGGGAGUGUUGCACGUGUACGUGGACAAAGCCUCGCCCCAGGGGAAUGUGUACUGCAAGUGCCCUACGAUAGCGACCGCGGUCGCCUCCGUCAACUCGCUGCACGGCCGGUGGUUCGCUGGCAGAGUGAUCACUGCAGCAUACGUGCCGCUCAUCAACUACCACUCGCUAUUCCCUGACGCGAUGACUGCACUCACGCUCCUGCUACCAUCACGACAAAGAUAAACCUUGACCUAUAAUAAUAAUAAUGAACUAUUAUAAAAAUUAUUAUGAAAAUAAGUUAUCUAUUAGUGGUGUUCUGUAUUUAAGGCAAUACACAUGUGAUUUCACUCUA